AUGGGAAAAAUAACUGGUUCAAAAGGAGGAAAAAACCCUAAUCCUGUAAAAUUUCAGCCACAGAAAAAGGUGUAUGUAUGUCCAGAUUGCACCAACAAUGUUACAAAAACACAACACAGUAUAUGUUGUGGACAGUGCAGUGAGUAUUAUCAUAAAAACUGCUCUAAGCUUACUUCAUUGGAGUUUACAGCGUACGCAAUCCAAGAGAUGGAUGAGCUAUGGGUUUGCUCCAAAUGCAGCAACCCUAGCGAAAGUGAAGAUGGCUCGGAUUCUGAGGCAGAGAAAACUAAGCGCGUAUCAAACAAGCGACUCAGCCAGUGCUUUGGGCCAAGUACAACUAAUCUUGGCAACCGCGAUCCUGCUCCAAAAAGAAGUGUUGGUGGCAGUGACAAAAUGGAUAUUGAGGAUGUCGUAAAAAUCUUCAAUGAACGAUUUGAAAAAUUUGAAGAGUCGCUAAACUUUAAAUGGCAAAUAAUUGAAGGAACAAAUAAGAUGGUUAAAGAUAUACAGAAAGAAAACAAACAGCUGAAACGAGGAAACGAAGCUAUACAAAAAAGAGUGAAGGAGCUCGAGACUAAAGUUGAACUUUUGGUCUAUAAGCAAGAAAAAGAGCAAUUGCAAACAAAGAAAAAGAACAUAAUCUUUUCCGGACCAUUACUCACUAAAGAAAAUAUCUGUGGAACAGUAAAAAAGGUGUUUCAAGCUGUCCAUGUAUCGCUUCAGGAAUCUGAAUAUAAGUCAACAAUUUUGCCUAGUGCACGAGAAGAGAAACCAAUUUUACUGCAAUUCUCUAGUGAAGAAACACGGAAUAAAAUAAUAGAAGCAAGGAAAAAAGUACAAAACCUAGAUACUGUAUUGUGUGGAUUCACAGGGCCGCAGAAAAAAGUAUAUAUAUCAGAGGAUCUGGAUAAGAAAACCCGAGAAGUUAAACAUGUUUACAGGACCAUAAACAAUAAAUUGAAUCUGAACCUCAGCAUAGGCUCAGUAGGCCAUACGAAUGUGUCUAGUUCCCUUUUCAAUAAUUUGAAACAAGUGGAAAAUAACAACAUGACGAAUCUUAGAUAUCAGCCUACAAAAACUGAAUUUAAAUUGAAAGACAGUCUCAUCCAAUUCAAAGUUUUCCUGGAAAACUAG